GGAAGGAGGUCGGUUGGUCGACUUUGCUAAGAUAAGAGAGAGAGAGAGACUGUGUCUCUAUUUCUCUCUAAACCAUUCUCUGCAAGAAAACUUCUCUCUAAAACCCAUUUCUUUCUCUCUCGAAAAAGUUCCAAGCUUUACUCGAAAAAGACGCUCCUUUUUCUCUUCCCGCAAUUUGGUUUAUCAAGGACAAUGGCAAUAGAGGAUCAAGAGAACACAAUCCGCGAAUUCAAGCCUAAGAACAGAAGAAUCAUGGGAGCUGGUGGACCGGAGGAGGAAGAUAACAGGUGGCCACCAUGGCUGAAACCUCUGCUCAAAGAGCAAUUCUUUGUUCACUGCAAGUUCCAUGUAGACUCUCAUAAGAGUGAAUGCAAUAUGUAUUGCCUAGACUGCACCAACGGCCCUCUUUGCUCUCUUUGUCUUGCCCAUCACAAGGAUCAUCGCACCAUUCAGAUAAGGAGAUCAUCUUAUCAUGAUGUUAUAAGGGUGAAUGAGAUACAAAAGUAUCUUGAUAUAUCAGGGAUCCAGACUUAUGUGAUCAAUAGUGCUAAAGUCGUCUUCUUGAACGAGAGGCCUCAGCCUAGGCCAGGGAAAGGUGUGACCAAUACCUGCAAGGUUUGCUAUCGUAGCCUCGUUGAUGAUAGCUUCCGCUUCUGCUCUCUUGGCUGCAAGAUUGCUGGAUCAUCUAGAGGGUUUGAAAAGGGAAGGAAGAACCUUCUGACGGAGACAGAGGAUUCAGGUAGUUUCAGCCCAUCAACACCUCCACUUACUGCAUCUAGUAGUUGCAGAAUUGCCAAGCGAAGAAAGGGAAUCCCUCACCGAUCUCCAAUGGGAUAAAAAAAGAAGCAGCAAAAGAGUUAAAGCCAAUACAGAAGCUUUUGCCAUUUGCCAGUUUCUUGUUCUAUAAAGAUAACUACACAGAAAUGUAUAGCUAAUACAUAAGCUUUGGUCUCUUAUUUGCUUGUUUUAGCAAAAAACAAAGGCCUUAAGAUAGGUUUUGGCUUACUAAUGGUAAGUCUGUGAAUAUGUAAUGUGAUGCAAAAAGGGGUAGAAAGGGAAAUAUAGGAGGUUUUAAGGGUUAAAAGUGGGAAUAAAACAAAAUUAGCUUUGGUUUUUCA